AUGGGUGACCAGGCCCCACCCACACUCCUACAGCUGGCAGUACAGAAGCUGUGGAUGGAGGAGGCCUUACUCAUUUCUAAUCUGGAGGACAUUCCUGUGGGGCUGUUCCCAACAAUGUUUGAGGAUGCCAUAACUGACAAACGUACAAACAUCAUGAGGGCCUUGGUGCCUGUCUGGCCUUUCCCAUGCCUUCCUGCCGGAGCCCUGAUAAAGGACCUGGAGACUUUGAAAGCUCUGCUUGAUGGACUAGAUGCAUUGAUUACAGAGAAGGUUCAUCCCAGUUUUACAAAGAGGACACGGAAACUCAGAGUGCUUGAUUUGACGAAUGUGUGCCCCGACUUCCAGAGCUUUAGGGCUGUAAUGCGGUCAGUGAAGAUCUGUCCUAAAUCUGGGGUGAAGAAGCGAUUUGUGGUAGUAACCGAUAUUAAGGUCAAGAAGGCCAGUUUCAGUGAAUGGCACACAUACUUGUUGCAGUGGGCCCAGCAGCAAAACGAUUCUGUUCAUUUAUGCUGCCGAAAGCUGAAGAGUUUGAAUUCACCCGUCUUCACUGCCGAAAGGAUCUUCAAAAUGGUAGAUGCAGACUGUAUCCGGGAGCUGCAACUGAGUUUGUGGCAGCUUGAAUUCAUGCCACACCUUUUUCCUUACCUGGGGCAGAUGAGAAAUCUCCACACGCUUGUGCUAGAAAGAAUUCAGAAGCCCUUCAGGUUGGCUGCUUCUGUAGAGCAGGAAUUGAUAAGCCUGUUGCUUUCUCAGUUCACCAAACUCCCCUGUCUCCAGAAUCUCUACAUAAGUUAUUGCUACUUCUUAGAAGGCUACCUUGAAGAGUGGCCCAGGAGACUGAAGACCCCCUUGGAGACCCUGACCAUCACCGGCUGCUUGUUCUCACAGUCAGACUUGGGUUACCUGAGCCAGAGCCUGUAUCUCUGUGAGCUCAGACAUCUGAAACUGAGCAGUGUAGAGCUAUCUCGUUUAUGCCUUAAGCCCCUUGUGGUUCUCUUUGAGAGAAUCACAAGUACCCUGCAAAUCCUGGAACUGGAAGAGUGUGGCAUGAGGGACCGCCAUUUCAAUGCCAUUGGGCCUGCCCUGAGCCAAUGCUCCCAGCUUACCAGGGUCAAUUUUUAUCAUAAUUAUAUCUCUCUGCUUGCCUUGAAGAACCUUCUACAUCAUACAGCCAAGUUGAGCAAGCUGACCCAUGAGAUGUAUCCUGCCCCUCUGGAAUGCCAUGGCUUCAUGACAGACCUUAGAGAUAGAUUCAAGCAACUUUGUCCUGAGGUGCUGGAUAUACUCAGGGCCAAAAGGCAGCCAACGAAUGUUUUCUUUGCUACAAGAACCCACUGUGUCUGUUUUCAACCCUGA